AUGGAAGCCAGUGGGCUGGAGGGUCUGGACAGCAGAGCCUCCCCCUUCGCAGGCAUGCCAGGCACCGGCCUCUCUUGGGACAAUGACACCAGACACAACAUCACCUUUCCAGAGCCCCUGCCAGCCCUCUACGUGCUCCUGCCAGUAGUGUACUCUGUCAUCUGUGCUGUGGGGCUGAUGGGCAACACGAUUGUCAUCUGUGUGAUCCUAAGGGCGCCCAAGAUGAAGACCGUGACGCACGUGUUCAUCCUGAACCUGGCCGUCGCCGACGGGCUCUUCACACUGGUCCUGCCAGCCAACAUCACCGAGCAUGUGCUGCAGCGCUGGCCCUUCGGGGAGCUGCUCUGCAAGCUAGUGCUGGCCAUCGACCACUGCAACAUCUUCUCCAGCGUCUACUUCCUGGCUGCCAUGAGCGUGGACCGCUACCUGGUGGUGCUGGCCACGGCACGCUCCCGCCGCGUGCCCCGGCGCACCCUCCGGGGGGCAAAGAUUGCCAGCCUGUGCGUCUGGCUGGGCGUCACCGUGGCAGUGCUGCCUUUCUUCACCUUUGCCGGUGUCUACAGCAACGAGCUGCAGGUCACGAGCUGCGGGCUGAGCUUCCCGCGGCCAGAGCGCGCCUGGUUCCAGGCGAGCCGCAUCUAUACGCUGGUCCUUGGCUUCGCGGUGCCCAUGUGCACCCUCUGUGUGCUCUAUGUGGACCUGCUGCGGCGGCUGCGAGCCCUGCGGCUCCACUCUGGGGCCAAAGCUCUAGGCAAGGCCAGGAGGAAGGUGACCAUCCUGGUCCUGGCCGUGCUGGCUGUGGGCCUGCUCUGCUGGGCGCCCUUCCACCUGGCCUCUGUCGUGGCCCUGGCCACAGACCUGCCCCAGACACCACUGGUCAUCACUGUCUCCUACGUCAUCACCAGCCUCAGCUAUGCCAGCUCCUGCCUCAACCCCUUCCUCUACGCCUUCCUGGACAACACCUUUCGGAAGAACCUCCGUGCCAUGUUCCGGUGCCCAGGGCCGUGAGCACCCCUCCUGCCAUGACCCAGACUUCGUGAAAAGCACUGUCCUGUUCAAGGAAUAUCCCACUUGUUCACAUCCUGUCACUGUCUUCUCUAGGCAGAGAGAUAAAGACUCACAAAAGUUGGCCAUUGGACCUGCAGAGAUGACAUGGACUUAACACAUGUCUCUGCCCCCUGGACAGCCCCUGGGUGGUCAGCUGCAGGGAUUCAGGUCCUGGCCCCCCAUGCUGCCUGCAGACCCAGACAGAAGAUCCAGCACCAAGACA